CUGUCGCCAUGGUUUUGUGCCACAGAGGUGCUGUUGGACCCGUGCCGGACCUGGUGCCCAUCCCAGUCAUGCCAGGCCGUGUGCCAGCUGAAGGAGACGGAGGCUCCACUGCCCCAGCUGGUCACCUGUGCCGUCUGCACCCUGGAGUUCUGCUCUGUCUGCAAGGCCAGCUGGCACCCAGACCAGGCGUGCCAGGAAAACCAGCACAUCACCUCCUUCCUACCAGGAGAGACCAGCUCCCUCUAUAAGAACGAGGAGGACGACGCGCCCAUCAAGCGCUGUCCCAAGUGUAAGGUGUACAUCGAGAGGGAUGAGGGCUGCGCCCAGAUGAUGUGCAAGAACUGCAAACAUGCCUUUUGCUGGUACUGUCUGGAGUCUCUGGACGAUGACUUUCUCCUGAUCCACUAUGACAAAGGGCCUUGUCGUAACAAACUGGGCCAUUCCAGGGCUUCUGUCAUCUGGCACAGAACACAGGUGGUGGGGAUCUUUGCAGGAUUUGGCCUUCUCCUAUUGGUGGCCUCGCCCUUCCUCCUCCUGGCCACACCGUUCGUCCUGUGCUGCAAGUGCAAAUGUAGCAAGGGUGACGACGACCCCCUCCCCACCUAGCCCGCGACCCCAGCGACCGGGGCCGAGCGGCGCCCCAUCGGGCCAUACUUUUUCCUUUUCCCUCCCUGCUUUCUUUUCCGCCCUCCUGCUUCCAGCGCUUCAUUUUGGGGCUGGGCGUGGCGAGUGCCGGCCGGGACGCCGUCCUGAUCCACCUGGGAGAGGGGUGACCUCUGACCCCCAGGACAACACAUGGCCUGCAGUAGAGCUCCGGGGGGUUCAAAGUGUGUGGAGGGGCAGGAGCAGGAUCACAAUGCCCUGGCGUAUGUGAUGAUGAUGAUGAUGAGGAUGAGGAUGAU